CAAAGGAGACGAAAUCCGCCAUGGAAAAGGGCAAGCUCAACCGUCUCUGCUUCGGUCUCUUCUUCUCACUCUGCUCCGCCGUCUCUUCCAUAUCCGAAUCGGAUUCAGAUUGUGUGUACACGGCGUACAUCCGAACCGGAUCCGUUUGGAAGGGCGGAACGGAUUCCAUCAUCAGCUUGGCCCUGUACAACGCCGACGGUUACGGUGUACGGAUCAACAACCUGGAGGAGUGGGGCGGGCUUAUGGGCGACGGCUACGACUACUUCGAGAGGGGUAAUCUCGACAUUUUCACCGGCCGCGGCCCCUGCUUGAGUUCUCCGGUCUGCGCCAUGAACCUCACCUCCGACGGCUCCGGCCCGCACCACGGCUGGUACUGUAACUACGUCGAGGUCACCGUCACCGGCGUCCACGAUUCCUGCAACCAGCAGCUCUUCACCGUCGAGCAGUGGAUCGCCACUGACGCGUAUCCCUACGAGCUCACCGCGAUCGUAGACCACUGUUACUAUGAUCGCUCCCGGCUUGCCGCCGUCGACGGUGAGAAGAUGACGAUUCUUUGAGGGGGAUUUCGUUCCCGGUAUGAAUGUAUUGGUGUUGUAAUGGGCUUUUAGGCUUAUAGAUAUCGGCCUUGGGCGCAAACAAGGCCCAAUGCUGCCUAUGGAUAUUAUUACCAUAAAUUGGGUCAAAUUUGCCAAUUGUUAUACUGUGGACCAUGGUCCGAAAACGAUGUCGUUUUUUU